AUCAUGGAAAAUCAAAGUUAUGUUACUGAGUUCAUCCUCCUGGGACUUUCACAGACUCCAGCUGUUGAGAAAAUAGUGUUUGUUCUCUUUCUACUUUUGUACCUUGCAACUCUUAUGGGAAACUUCAUUAUUAUUUUGACAAUCACCAAUACUCCCUCUCUCCUCAGCUCUCCCAUGUAUUUCUUCCUAUCCUUUCUGUCCUUCUUUGAUGCAUGCUUCUCCUCUGUUGUUACUCCCAAGGUAAUUGUGGGCUCACUCUCUCUAAAAAACACCAUUUCCUUUGAAGGCUGCAUGACUCAGCUCUUUGCAGCACAUUUCUUUGGUGGUUCUGAAAUGAUUGUCCUCACAUUCAUGGCCUUUGAUCGAUAUAUCGCUAUUUGCAAGCCAUUGCAUUAUGUAAGUAUUAUGAACAAGAACCUGUGUACCAUACUGGUUGGUGUGGCCUGGGUAGGGGGCUUCUUUCAUUCUUUGAUCCAGGUCCUAUUCAUAGUCCAAUUGCCUUUCUGUGGGCCCAAUGUGAUCGAUCACUUUAUUUGUGAUUUGUACCCUUUGUUGAAACUGGCCUGCACUGACACCCAUAACCUGGGUCUUAUGGUUAUUACAAACAGUGGGCUUAUCUGUACAAUUAGUUUUUUUCUUUUACUUGUAUCUUAUGGGGUCAUCCUACACUCCUUGAAAAAAUACAAUGCCCAGGCUCGUCACAAAGCUCUGUCCACCUGUGGUUCCCACAUCACAGUUGUUGUACUGUUUUUUGUUCCAUGCAUCUUUGAAUAUGCACGUCCUCCAUCUACUUUCUCUUUUGAUAAGACAGUGGAAAUAUUUUACACUAUUCUAAUUCCUAUGUUAAAUCCCUUUAUCUAUACUUUUAGAAAUAAAGAAGUAAAAAAUGCAAUGAGGAAAUUGUGGAGAAGACCAGUAAUUUCUACUGUAAAAUAA